UACUUCGAUUCCAGUGAUGCGGGCAGCGGCAAAAGGGAGUUCAGAAGCCUGGCGCGUUCGCUCUCCGCAGUCCCAGGAAAGAGCCAUCGAGCCGCACUAGCAUCGGCUCCUCCGCCAAUCAGAGUGCGUCUGGAGACGCUCCACAACACCCUGGCGAGGUCUGCAUCCACGAUGAUGAUCUCGAGACCCGUGUUUGCUCGCUGCCCACAGUCACUCCAUUAGUCCCACUACCUGGAAUCUUCUACGCCCUUCGCCAUGGAAACAGACACCGGCUUCAAGGCUGCUUUGGAAGAAGCGCAAAAAGGCAGCGAUGAGGGCGGCGUGCCCAUCGGCGCUGCGCUGGUGGCUGCGGAUGGCAAGGUGCUGGGGCGUGGCCACAAUAUGCGCAUCCAGAAGAGCAGUGCCACACUUCAUGCUGAAAUUUCCGCUCUGGAAAAUGCCGGACGGCUGUCGGCUGCUUCGUACCGCGGCGCUACAAUGUAUACAACUCUCUCACCAUGUGACAUGUGCACGGGCGCUUGUAUCAUGUACAAGAUCAAGCGAGUGGUGAUUGGUAUGAUCCUCCCAGCCUUCUCUUUGUUGCCGUGUUGAUGAUGUUAGGCGAGAAUAAAACCUUUGUUGGAGGCGAGGAUUAUCUGAAGCAGAAAGGCAUCGAGGUUGUAGUGCUGCAGAAUAAAGACUGCCAAGAGCUGAUGAAGAAUUUCAUUCAGGAGAAGCCUGGAGACUGGAAUGAGGAUAUCGGCGAAGAAGGCAAGUGAUCCGAGGGAAUCGGUAGCAUGCAAUGUCCGAAUUAGUAUUGUACACUAUGUUGUAUAUUUGUGGAUCUCUUCGAAGAAGAAUUUUAGAUCGUCGGGCUUUGCAAAUGGU